AUGGCAGUACUCCCACUAGUAAAGCUAGGAACACUAGUUUUGAAAACCGCUUGCAAACCCAUCGCCAAUAGGCUCAAAAAAGAAGCUGGAUACCACCCUAAGUUCCGCAAUUUCAUCAUCAGCAUUGCACAGACCAAUCACAGGUUUACCACAAGAAUUCAGAGACGCAUUUAUGGUCAAGCUACUGAUGUUGCCAUUCGUCCUCUCAAUGAAGAAAAGGCUGUUCAAGCUGCUGCUGAUCUCCUUGGAGAAUUCUUUGUUUUCACUGUUGCAGGAGCGGCUGUAAUCUUUGAGGUGCAAAGAAGUUCUAGAUCAGAUGCAAGAAAGGAAGAAUUACGCAGACGUGAAAUACAGGCAAUUAAGACUAGAAGUGAAGAGUUGAGCAUGGAAAUUCAACUUCUUGCACAAAAACUUGAAGAGCUGGAACAACUUGCUAGAGGACGGGGACUUGCUGGAGUUCUUAAUUUCAGGCAAGCCAAUGCCGGUGAAGAUAAAAAAUCAAAAUCCAAUUAA